AUGCUCGAUGAUGACCCGAGAGGUGACGCCAAAGUAGACGCACUCGGCAACUUGCUCGGAGGUGAGUCCCACCGCGCUGGACACGAGCACAGGUGUGAUCUCACAUCUCAUUCCGUCGGCGCUGCAGGUCGACAAUACAAAACCAAAGCCUUCACCUCAUCGAUGCGACCCAAUCCCAAAAAGCUCUACAUGUUCUCGAUCGACACCGCGCGCGCCGCCGGCUUCCGCGACUCGCUCUACUUCUUCCGUCGGCACCCGACCGUCCACAAAAUCACGAUCGGCCAAGCCGAAAAGGACAAGCUGAUCGCUGAAGGCAAGUUAUCGUUGAGCAUGAAGAGUAGGAUCGUCACCAUGGUCACCGCGCGGAACGUCUUCAAGGUCCUCGGAGCAGAGUUCAUCAAGAGUGAGUAGAGCAAACCAAUGAGAUGCCCGGUUUUCGAGUGCCGUAGUCAUCUUUUGGUUCUUGAUUGCUCUCAUUCACAGACGGCAAAUACGUAUUCGACGACUAUUGUGAGCCUCGAAAGCGUCCAAGCUCUGGAGGCAGGGCGAAAGCUGACCCAGGCCCAACCUUGCUGCCCUCGCCCUACAGACGAGGACAAGGCCCUUGCCGAAGGCCAUCAACCUGGAGAACAAGCCUCGAACGACCCAGUCGAACCGACCGAAGCCGAAACCGCCGCAGCCAGCGCCAGCGCCUCGGCCGCUGCCCCAGCAACGACGACGACCUCGACUUCAACCUCGACGAAGCGAUCCGCCCCACGCGACGAAUACAUUUCCAUCGCAGGAGGUGGAACGACCUUCGGCGGGAUCGGUCUGCAACCUUUCGCCAAGACGUGGGACCCUACGGCUAAAAAGGCCCGACCGCCAGCUCAUCUGAAUAUGGAGAUUUGGAUGCUCGAAUACGCCAAAGCUGUACGACGCCAAGAUGUCGAACUGAGCAAUAUCCGCCGAGCGAAUGUCGGACAGGUGCAUUUGAACCCUAGUGGGUUGAUUGGCGAUCGCGAAGAGGAUGCAUGGCUGGAAGUGGAGGAAGAUGUGCCUAGCGAUGAGGAGACGGCUGAAGAGAGGAUGGAUGUUGGGCCUGAGAGGAGGCGAAGGGUCAGGGUUUACAAUCCCCUACGAGGGAUCUACGAACCCGAGACCAACAUCCCUCAUGUGUGGAAACAAACCCAAGCGACGAGGAGCCAGACCGUGGUCGUUGAUGAGGUGCCACAUCUGUGGGAGAUUGAAGCGGAGAGGCAAGAGCCAAAGCGGAGGAGGAUCGAGUCGGAAGCGGCCAAGUUGGGGAUAGCGACGAUUGAAACCGUUGUCGAAGAGGAGGGUACACUUGGAAGAAUUGGGGAGGACUUGUUACCUGGCAUGUGGGUCUUUCGAACUCCCGAGCUCGCGAACGUCGACCUUAGCCGGGCGACCAAGUGA